CAACAGUCAAUUUGAGUCAUGUCCAAUUUUGGCAGGCCCCUUUGAAUCUAUUAUCCUCCAAACGUGCUUCACCGCACACACGCGAGAAUGGCAGAUCUGGCUUAGCAACCAGCCAGCGUCACUAGACAACAAAUCAGACGAAAUACUCAGGCACGACAACCAGUCAAAGUCUGCAGUCGCACUGGCUUAGUACCACGCUCAGAAGCGGGUUUAAGGAGACUCAAGAACGGGCUGUACUACUUCCAGAGGUGGACGCCGAGACUUUUCGGGUUUUCGAAAGAUGGCUAUCCAAUUAUAGGGUAUCUGGAUUCGAAUAUUUGGACUGGACACUGCUCUGCAAGUUCUAUGUUCUCGCGGACUAUCUUCAAAUAUCGUCUGUUCAAAAUCGAAUUCUUCACGCUCUAGCCUUGAAACUCGAGAAGGUCAACAAGCGCCUACCACUUUCGGUCAUACUAUUUAUAUACGAAAACAAGAUGCCCCGCUUACCUCUGCGAAAAUUAUGGGUCGAUUGGGUUGUAAGUAUCCACCAGGGUCCGUUUUAGCAAUGUUAGGUUGCAUCACACUCGAAGACGGUACACCGCCAAAGUCGCCAAAAAGUCAAAUGCUCGCGCUGUGUCUGGCUCCCACACAAGAUCCAGCAAGUCCUUUUCAGAGGAUCGAGACAGAUGUGGUUCAUUAUAUAAAUGCAGAAAAUGUCCCUCGGACUAAAAGACGAACAAUAUACCUCCAAAAGUCACAUAGCUAUCAGUCACUAUGCCUUAUUUCACUCAGAUACCAUUAUUUCUGGAUCAGAGUAGCAGAUUCUCAAGGACAACGACGAAGGUCAAGCUCACUUCAAGCUUAUCCGCUCGAAUAUGGGCCCACAGCCACCAGGUCUAACUUGAGUGAGAAUUUCGGGGUUCCCCCAAUACUUGGAUUCAGAUUAAGCUGGACGAAUGGUGUUAGCUUUGAUGUGAUCAUAAGGAUUAUAGACAACACCUUUCGAGGCGACAUCAUCGUUGCCACUACUGUCGAAAUCCCGAGUGCCAAACAGAGUUUGAGAAGCGUUGUUGAAUCUUUCACCACAAAUUUCGAUCGCGAAGAUACUCCUCAAGACGUCAAUUUCAAACAGCGGCCUGCUGUUUCUGAUAAAAUAAUCCAGGAGAUUGCCGCUCUGGGAGUCGUCACUGAGAAUCAAAAGGUUAAGUGAAGUUUGGAAGUCAACUUCAUGUACACAAGGUGGCUUGAAAUAUAGCAUGAUCAAACUAUUUCGCUUACAACACGAAAAUUUAGAGGAGAAAUCGGUAGCAGAUGUCGAAGAUUCAAGAAUGGGAGUUGUUAGGUAUAUGGUAGAUGUGAAAUAAAGUUGGACACACCUUUGGAGCAAGACACGUUCAACGAAGCUUAGGAAGAUUCUUCGUUUGUCUUCCUUACACAAACCUUCUUAGCAGCUUAAUAACUUCGCAUACUAUAACCAAUAAUAGAG